AUGGAGCCGUUGGCAGCGCAGCAGCUGCCCGCUGUGGAGCAGAGGCCAAACCGCACCGGUGCUGUGCCAUCCGGGAGCAAAAGCAAGAGGGAAGUAGAGCUGAACACGACCCUGCGGGAGCUGCUCAUCUACGUCGCUUUCCUGGUAGACCUCUGUAUACUGACAUUUGGCAUGGUGAGCACAGACAUGUACUACCUGAAUGAAGCCAUGUCCCAUCUCUUCCUGGAGCCACCCUUCUCCGAGGACGACAGGAGUGGUUUUGGGAGCAUUAGGAGCAGAGCUGAUUUCUGGAGGUUUGCAGAGGGACCCCUGCUGAAUGGACUCUACUGGGACAAAUGGUAUAACAACAGGACGCUAACCUUCCAGAACAGCAGCAGCCACAUUUACUAUGAGAAUUUGCUGUUAGGAGUAGCCCAGAUUCGCCAGCUGAGAGUACGCAACAACACUUGCUCUGUCUACCCGUCUUUCCGUACUUUUUUACAAGACUGUUACAGUGAAUACCAUUACCGAGCUGAAGACAGGUCGGACUUCGGUCUACAGAACGAAUCUGAAUGGAAAUACACCUCAACCUCCUCGUUAUCCCCAUGGUACCGGGGAUCUAUGGGCUCGUACAACAGCGGAGGAUAUUUGUUCACCUUACCUAAAUCGAAGCAGGAGAGCAUGAAGAAGUUGGUGUUUCUCAGGCAGAACAGCUGGCUCACUAGAGGAACCAGGGUUGUGUUUGUUGACUUCUCAACAUAUAAUGCUAACAUAAACCUCUUCUGCAUAAUCAGGUUGGUGGUAGAGUUCCCUGCUACUGGGGGGGCUCACACCUCCUCACAUAUCUACUCUGCGAAGCUCCUCAGAUACGUCACAGGUUACGAUUACUUCCUGGCUUCUUGUGAAGUUGCCUUUUGCUGCAUUAUCACUAUAUUCAUAAUCCAGGAAGCUGUCAAGAUAAUAAAACUGAAAAAGGAGUAUUUCAGAAGUGUCUGGAUCUUGCUGGAUUUGCUGCUGCUGGUGGUAUCCAUCAUUGCCAUUGUCUUUAAUAUCUACCGCACUUCAAAAGUGUCCGAGCUAAUGAAAGAGCUGCUGUCUGAUGCCGAUGUGUAUCCAGACUUCUAUUUCCUUGCAUCCUGGCAAGUCCUUUACGAUAACAUGAUUGCUGUCACCAUCUUCCUUGCUUGGAUAAAGAUAUUUAAAUAUGUAAGAUUAAACAACACCAUGACGCAGCUGUCCUCCACUUUAUCUCGCUGUGCCAAAGAGAUCAUUGGAUUUGGCAUCAUGUUCUUCUUAAUUUUCUUUGCCUAUGUCCAGUUCGGCUAUCUGGUCUUCGGGUCGCAAGUUAAGGACUUUUCCACUUUCCAAAACUGCAUCUACACGCAGUUUCGUAUUGUGCUGGGAGAUUUUGAUUUUGAAGCCAUAGAGGAGGCAAACAGAAUCCUUGGACCUAUUUACUUCAUCACAUUUGUAUUCUUUGUGUUCUUCAUAUUGCUGAACAUGUUUUUGGCUAUUAUAAAUGACACCUAUUCAGAAGUCAAAGCAGAAUUUAAAGUGAAACUCAGUCGUGAACUUCACACAGGAGACCUCUUUAGACGGAGUUGCAAUAAGGUCCUUACCAAGUUCAGGUUGAAGAAACCAAAGGCAGAUACAAGUCCUGCAGAUGAGAGCUUGAAAAGGCUCUUCAGGUAUACAGUUCAGUUGGGGAAGCAUGUAAAUGAAAUUAGUAAAAAACUCGAUAGAAUUACGGAAACCAUGGUGGAAUUGCAAUAUACCUCAGGCAAGACAGCAGAGGAAAAUGCAUGGACUCAUCUGGUAACAGAAAAGGCCCCAGACUUCCCACAGUUUAAAUAA